AUGCGAUACACACAGUCCGUCCGACACACGACAGACAACGUGACUCAGCACCGCAUACGUCCCUUGGGGAAAUCUGGCAUUUCAGUCAUUUCUGCUUCAGGAAUUUCGUUUGUGGCUUUACUUGUGUGCUCCAUUUCCUACUACCGCUUCAGAAAGGAAAAAGCCCAAAACAUCGCGUUGAACGACAAGGAUACAAAAGAAUUCCUGGAAGGACAGCCCGGGAGUUUGAAUUCAGCAAUGGGGCUCAGUGAACAAGCACAUCUUCUCCCCUUUGACGUGCAAUGGGACUUCCCACCAGAGAAGCUGAAACUCGGGAAGUUGCUCGGCAGCGGCGAAUUCGGGUACGUACUAAAGGCCGUGGCUGUUGGAAUCCGUCCCCCGGAGCCGGAAACGACCGUUGCUGUGAAGAAAAGGAAGCCUCAUUCCAGCCUGGAGAAUUACCAGACAUUGAUGAUGGAGGUAAAGAUCAUGAGCCACCUCGGAAUGCAUUUGAAUGUCGAUGGGGAUGGCAUCAUCUUGGGCUAUCUGGAUAGCCUCAGUGAUGACUUGGGCUGCCUUGGGGAUGUCGUCAGUCGAGGAUCUGGAGAGGGAGUCAGGGAGGCAAGUGUCCAGGGUGAGUUGGAAACGAUCCCAGUCGGCCCUAGGGAAGUCAGGAGUUGUCCGGGGAGUUCGGGGGGUUUCCUGCAGAAGGAAGUUGACCGUCACGAUGAUGGGUAG